GUCGACGUAGUGGACCGAUAGAGCUAGCCAUGUUUCUUAAGGUAUUCACCUCCAUUCUCUGUGCUCAAGCAGCCUGGGCUUAUAGCUCGCCACCCUCCGGCGCCAUCACUGUCGGCAGCUCCGGGACGUACUCUACCUUCUCUGAAGCAUUGUCGGAUACGUCUAGCAGUGUUUACUUCAUUUACUCUGGCACGUACACCGGUCAAACACUCAUCUCGCGAAGCAACAUCAAAAUCUAUGGACAGACCAGCACUGCCGACAGCUACACCGGCAACACGGUCACUUUGACUAACUCUCUCGGUGCUGAUGAUGCCGGAUCCAAUGAUGCCAGUGGCACUGUCCGUGUUCACGGCUCCAAUGUUGCCCUCUACAAUCUGAACAUCGUGAAUUCACGUGGUGAGGUUUGUUCCUGCGACCAAGCCAUUGCUCUGAGUAUUCAGGCAACCCAGUUUGGCGGUUACGGUUUGAAAAUUGUCGGUUAUCAGGACACUUUGUUGGCAAAUGUUGGCUACGAAUUUAUCGCCAACUCUUACAUUGAAGGAAAUACUGACUUUAUCUUUGGACAAACCGCAUCGCUCUGGAUUACCAGCUCUGUCAUUCAUACUUUGGGUGACGGAUGGAUCACCGCCUCCGGAAGAAGCAGCAGCGACAGCAACUGGUAUGUUAUUGACAGCAGUGAAAUCAGUGGAACCGGGGAUGCCUACCUCGGAAGGCCAUGGCAAAGCUACGCCCGAGUCGUCUUCCAGAAUAGCUACCUCCACAGCAACGUACCCGCCGCAGGAUGGUCCGUCUGGAGCACUGGCGAUGAACGCACCGACCAUGUUACUUUUGCUGAAUACGGUAACUCUGGUGCCGGGGCUUCCACUUCUUCUCGUGCAAGCUUCUCUGAGGUUUUGAGCAGCGCUGUGACCAUUUCGACCGUGCUAGGCUCCACGAGCUGGAUCGACUCGGAUUUCUUGUAGUACGAGUAUUCACUCUAUUUAUCGUUGCCUCGAAUAUUUUCAGCCAAUCUACGCCAAAUUUCAAUCUACACACUUAUGAUACGUAACAUUGACCAGUUGAAUUUAUGCAAAAUU